AUGUCGCUGAUUUCAUCCAGUAUUGUUCCUUUAUUCAUGACCAUUCAAGCUGACAAAGCCGUACUUAUUGCAUUUGGGGGACCAUCGUCAAGUGGGAAAACAACGGUUGCGCUGACCCUUAAAGCUUUGCUUCCUGAUGUAACGCUAAUUCAUUUGGAUGAUUUCUAUCUCGCUGAUUCACAAAUACCUAUAGAUGAGGAAACUGGAUAUCAAAACUGGGAUUGCCCGCAAGCAAUUGAUUUUGAAAAAUUUACUACGUACAUCCUGAAUAUCAAAUUUGGUAAAGAGCAACCUCCCAUAGAGUCUAUACAAUCAAACGAUUUGGAUGUAAAGUUGACUCCAAAUGAAAAGAAUACAAUUUUAGACAAGAUAAACCAACAAAGUGACAAAUUCAAAAGAAAACGAUUGGUGUUUGUCGAUGGAUUCAUGUUAUUUCACAAUCCAGAAAUAAUCAAACUAUUUGACAUUAAACUACUUUUCCACGCCUCGUUUGACACGUUAAAAAUAAGGCGUGAGUCAAGAGGUGGCUACAACACGAUUGAAGGGUUUUGGGUUGAUCCACCGGAUUAUUUUGGAAAGAUUGUUUGGCCAGCUUUUGUCGAUUCACACAAGUACCUUUUUGUUGGAGAUGAUGUGGAUAACAAAUUGAAACCAGAAGUAUCACGACAAUUUAACAUAUAUGAUAUCAACAACGGCAAUGACACCCCGCUACUAGAUUUGGUUCAAAGGUCAAUAGAUAUUAUUAUAGAUAACUUAUAG